AUGUGGAGCCGGAAGGAUGUGGGGGCGGGGCCGGCGCAGAACAGCUCCCCACCCCCACCCUUCCACACGCGGUUCUCUCGCCCAGGGCCAAAGCGCAUGCUCCGCCCCUCUGGGGGUCACAACCGCGCGCGGACAGAAUGGUUCGAGGGGCUAGUGCGCAGGCGCAACUUCCCGCGGGCCGUCUUUAAACACCAAGAUUCUCUGGAAGAACGCACCCUCCCCCCCCAUCGGGCGGAGUGCGCAUGCUCCGCCGCGGGCCGACCGCCCGUCUUCCCUCUUCUGCGCCUGCGCGACCGUGAUUCCUUGCUUUCGUCUCCCCAGCGCCCAGGCCGGGUCGUGCGGGCCGCGAGCUUCGAAAGGGCGGGAAAGGCGGUUGGAGAGGGAGGGGCGAGCGGUUACUCACUCCAUGGCUGCGGAGAGGAGAGGCGGCGGCGGCCUCGGCUGAAGAAGGAAGGCGGGAGCGGAGAGCGCAGGCGCGCCUGGCGCCUCCUCGUGCUCGUGCCUCUCCUCCUCAGCCUGGCGGCCUCCCUCAACUGGAAUGCUGCCCACAGCCAGUCCCCUGUGGAGAAGUGCAUGCACGAUCCUGACUACGAGCAGCUGCUCAAGGUUGUGACCUUGGGCCUCAAUCGUACCUUGAAGCCCCAGAGGGUGAUUGUGGUUGGUGCCGGCGUGGCCGGGCUGGUGGCGGCCAAGGUGCUCGGCGAUGCCGGACACAAGGUCACGGUCCUGGAGGCAGACAACAGGAUCGGGGGCCGCAUCUUCACCUACCGGGACCCAAAUACGGGCUGGAUUGGAGAGCUGGGAGCCAUGCGCAUGCCCAGCUCGCACAGGAUCCUCCACAAGCUCUGCAAGAGCCUGGGCCUCAACCUGACCAAGUUCACCCAGUACGACGAGAACACGUGGACGGAAGUGAACGGCGUGAAGCUGCGGAACUACGUGGUGGACAAGAUGCCUGAGAAGCUGGGCUACAAACUGUGCCCCAAGGAGAAGGGCCACUCGCCGGAGGAGAUCUACCAGAUGGGCCUGAGCAGGGCCCGCAAAGAUUUCGAGACACUGGGCUGCAAACAGGCAAUGAAGAAGUUCGAACGGCACACGCUCCUGGAAUACCUCCUCAGGGAGGGGAACCUGAGCCAGCCGGCCGCGCGGCUCCUGGGAGACGUGAUGUGCGAGGACGGCUUCUUCUAUCUCAGCUUCGCCGAGGCCCUGCGGGCCCACACCUGCCUCAGCGACCGGCUCUGGUACAGCCGCAUCGUGGGCGGCUGGGACCUGCUGCCGCGCGCGCUGCUGAGCUCGCUGUCGGGGCCGGUGCUGCUGCACGCGCCGGUGGUGGCGCUGAAGCAGGGGACGCAGGGGGUGCGCGUGCACAUCGCCACCUCGCGCCGGGAGCGGAGCAUGAAGGCCCUGGAGGCCGACCUGGUGCUGCUGACGGUGAGCGGGCCGGCGCUGCGGCGCAUCAGCUUCUCGCCGCCGCUGUCGCGCAAGCGGCAGGAGGCGCUGCGCGCGCUGCACUACGUGGCGGCCACCAAGGUGUUCCUGAGCUUCCACCGGCCCUUCUGGAACGACGAGCACAUCGAGGGCGGCCACUCCAACACCGACCGCCCGUCGCGCCAGAUAGUGUACCCGCCGCCGGGCGAGGGCGCGCUGCUGCUGGCCUCGUACACGUGGUCGGACGCGGCGGCCACCUUCGCCGGCCUGAGCGUGGAGGACGCGCUGCGCCUGGCGCUGGACGACGUGGCGGCGCUGCACGGGCCCAUCGCCUACCGGCUGUGGGACGGCAGCGGCAUGGUCAAGCGCUGGGCGGAGGACCCGCACAGCCAGGGCGGCUUCGUGGUGGAGACACCCAAGCUCUGGCGAGCGGAGAACGACGACGGGCCGGACUACGACUGGGCGGUCCCCUACGGCCGCAUCUACUUCGCCGGCGAGCACACGGCCUACCCGCACGGCUGGGUGGAGACGGCCGUCAAGUCGGCGCUGCGUGCCGCCGUGCUCAUCAACAACCGUGUCAACCGCGGGAACGGGCAGACGCGCGCGAUGCCCAGCCACCCCAAGUCCGAGUGCGACUUGGAAAAGGGGGAGGAGCCCCACCAUCCGGACCUACGUAUUUUGGACGCACCGUACGUGACCGACAAGAGGACCCAACAUUAA